CACUCGUAGUCGUAGUUUAUUAAGGACUUAGGCUGUGUUUGGUUUGAAGGAAAUACAGCCUUAGGGUUUUGUUUUUCCUACAAAAUCGAAUGUUGGCCAUCUCCUAUCCUUUUUUGGUUGGUAAUUGACAUUAAUCAUUCAGUAGCCUUUUUAAAGAAGAAAACCCUCAUUGUGUUACCGCGCGAACGGAUUGAUCUCUUCCCUCCAAACCCCAGACCCGUAAACAUUUGAAAAUUUCUGCUAUAAAUCAGCUGAAAUUUUUAUUAUUAUUUUUAGCGCAUUAGAAUCUGGCAGACCAGAAGUAAAGAGCACUGCGACUUUCUCGAGCCAAUGCAGACGAAAUUCCUUAUUUCCUGAGAAACCUGAGCUCGCUUGCCAAAAGAUCAUGAACGUUCCGAUAAUUGACCCCUUGCAGGGGGAUUUUCCAGAAGUGAUAGAAGAAUACCUGGAGCAUGGGAUCAUGAAAUGUAUCGCCUUUAAUCGUCGUGGAACGCUUCUCGCUGCUGGUUGCUCUGAUGGAAGCUGUGUCAUCUGGGACUUUGAGACCAGGGGGAUAGCUAAGGAGCUACGAGACAAUGAUUGUGUUGCCCCCAUUACAAGUGUCUGUUGGUCAAAGUAUGGUCACCACAUACUUGUUUCAGCCACUGACAAGUCCUUGACACUUUGGGAUGUUGUCAAUGGUGAAAAGAUUACACGCACAACUCUGCAGCAAACCACAUUACAUGCUCGUCUGCAUCCUAAUUCCUCCACUCCUUCUGUGUGCUUGGCAUGUCCUCUUUCUUCUGCCCCUAUCAUUGUCAAUUUAAACACUGGAAGCACAACUGUGCUGCCAGUUUCGGUGUCUGAAGCAGGUGCUGGCACUGUUCUUCCAUCACGCAACAAGUUUUCAGAUGGGUCUCCUCCUUUUACUCCAACUGCUGCAUGCUUUAGCAAGAAUGGAGACCUAAUUUAUGUGGGGAAUUCAAAAGGAGAAAUACUUAUAAUUGACUACAAGAACAUUCAAGUGCAUGGAAUGGUUCCUGUUUCUGGGGCUGCUGUUAUUAAGAAUAUUGUAUUCAGUAGGAAUGGGCGAUACCUCCUUACAAAUUCAAAUGACCGGACAAUUAGGGUCUAUGAGAAUCUUUUGCCCCUCAAAGAUGGGGCAAGGGCUCUCAGUGAGCUAUACAGUACCAUGGAUGAGCUGCAGGGUGUUGAUAAGCUGAAGGCAGUUGGGUCUAAGUGCUUGGUAUUUUUCCGUGAGUUUCAGGAUUCUGUCACUAGGAUCCAUUGGAAAGCACCUUGUUUCAGUGGUGAUGGUGAGUGGGUGGUUGGUGCUUCUGCUAGCAAAGGAGAACACAAAAUCUACAUAUGGGACAGGGCAGGGCAUCUAGUAAAGAUCCUUGAUGGUCCCAAAGAAGCAUUGACAGAUCUUGCAUGGCAUCCAGUGCAUCCUAUUGUAGUUUCAGUUUCCUUUAGUGGAGUGGUUUAUAUAUGGGCUAAAGAUUAUACUGAGAACUGGAGUGCGUUUGCUCCAGAUUUCAAAGAACUUGAGGAAAAUGAAGAGUAUGUAGAAAGAGAAGAUGAAUUUGAUUUGAUGCCUGAAACUGAGAAGGUGAAGGAAUCAGAUAUUAAUGAAGAUGAGGAGGUUGAUAUUAUGACUGUGGAGAAGGAUUCUUCUUUCAGUGAUUCUGAUAUCUCAGUGGAAGAACUGUGUUUCUUACCAGCAAUUCCUUGUCCAGAUGUUCCUGAACAGCAAGAUAAGUAUAUUGGAAGCUCAUCAAAGUUGGUAGACAGUAAUCAUUCUGGAUCUCCUCUCUCGGAAGAGGGAGCACAGAAUGGGCAAGUAACAAAUCCUGCUUCAAGUCCAGUAGAAGCAAUAGACAAUUCUAUUGCCGAGGAUACAGGUGCAGCUCGCUUGAAAAGAAAGCGGAAGCCCUCAGAGAAGGGGUUGGAAUUGCAGGCAGAGAAGGGCAAGAAACCGAAGCCAUUAGGGAAGGUUAAAUCUUCUGGUAAGUCAUCAAAGAGCAAAAACAAAUCUGCAGUGGGACAGGACAACGGUGUCUCUGUGUCUGCAAAUGGUGCAACUGAUUAGUGCUUUUAGAUAGUACUAAUUGUAUUUUUAUGUUAUUUAAGAUACCAUUACUUGAUGUAAUGGUAAAAUCUCGGGCUGGCAAAUGUGAGAGUGCAGUUUCAAGUCUGGGAGUGGUCACCUUGUAUAAAAAAUGCCAGAGAUUAGGACCUUAGCCAGUCUACCCCGUCCAAGUUGGCAAGUCUCCAGAUGGAGGGGGCUACAUUGGGUAAUGGCCUUUCGUUUUUUAAGAUGCCAAUAUGCCAAUAUGCCAUCUAGAUGGAUAGAGAAAUAACUUAAAAGGGAUGAUGUACUACUGAUGCUCACGUCCUACCCAAGAAUCAAUACCCCCGGGUAACCCAGGUUAUGUUUUA